AUGGAUGACGACGCGACGGCGUACGAAUGGAGUGAUUUCUAUCCAAACGAAUGGAAACUCGAUCAGAAACUCCUCGUUCACUACAGUCGUCGCUUGCAAAAAGUCGAAAUGUGGCCGUAUUUCGAUGUACCGCACUAUAUUUUUUCAGCGAUCGCCGUUCGUGACGAUCUCGGCCCAUCCGCUUUGCAAUUCGCCCGUCAGCAUCCAUUCUCGUGUUGGCUUUCAACGAUGAUGAUUUCUUUUGCAGGAACCCUGUUGGCAAAUUUUUUGCUCGGCGAGGCACCGAUUGAGCCUUUCCGCAAUCAUUUCGACGUUUUAGCGGCCACAGCUAUUUG